GGGCUCAGGUGCCAAGGUCAUCUGCCUGGCAAAGGGCACUCCUGUCGCAUGUGUAUAGGAGAAGCAAACUUUCAAAUCCGUUUAAGCAAUGCAAAUCUUAUUUCCCAGAGCACUACCCAGAAAGCGGCGAGUCAUGCAGGUCGCAGAAGGCUUCAAUGCCGCCAUCGUCGCAAAAUGGACGAAUGCGCAGAACUGGCGCGAACUCCUCCACCCCAACGCGCGCUUCAUACGCAGUGAAGACCCCAUAGCUUCCUACCCUGACCCUUACGGACUACAGCUUUGUGAUGCUAUCAAACUGGCCACACUCGACCUCCAAUCUUACGGCUUCCUCGUCCGCUACGCACAAGCCGAGUUCGACUCGGGCUCUGUCCACAACGGCCUCCCCGCGCCAAACGGACCGUGGGUACGCACGCAAGACCGUGCUAUGCUGCAUCUCGUCCUCCCCACUGAAGCAGGGAUCUCCAGGCCGCGCACCGGGGAAUUCUUGCGAACUUUGCUGAGCAAGCAAGAGGAUCUCGAAGUUGCCGUGCUAGCAGACUGGAAAGACUACGCCAAGUUUUUAGACGCGAUAUACCCGUAUCAUGAGUGAAAAGCAGAGCUCAAACCCCCAAGUCUAGCUCCGUGGGAGCGCGAACUGGAGACAUUUCGCUCCACAGCCUACAACGAGAACGUGCAAUUGCAGCCCCACCAGAUCAUAGGCAGAACGGUCGGACGGAGUCGGUUCGCUGCUACCUAAGAGGGUUUCAAGACCGCGGGCUGUAGGCGCUGCACGGCGCUGCCGUAUGAGACUGUGGACGAUGUGCCGC